GAGACAUCAACAUGUCGGUUGGAGCUCCCACCAGACAUGGUGCGGCGCCGCAUCCACGACACGUUCCAUAUGUCGUUGUUGAGGCCUUAUCAGGCAAACAACGACCGGUUGUUCCCUAAACGCGAGUUAUCGCGCUGGUACGACUUCGGGCAGCCCGACAAGGACGAUUGGUACAUCACAGGUGUGAUUGGGCACGCCUGGCAGGAUGACCAUGUACGAUUGCUCGUACAGUGGUCGCUCGGCAAC